AUGGCUGAGUCCAACGCCGCUGCGCCGGCCUUGUCCACCAACAUCGAGUCGGGCCACUUCGACGAGAAGACCCACCACCACCAGUCUACCGAAGCUACUGCCGAGAAGAAGGUUGCUGCCGAGGAGGAGGACGACGAUGAGGACAUCGACGCCCUGAUCGAGGACCUCGAGUCCGUCGAUGGAGGUGCUGAGGAAGAGGAGGAGGAGGAGGAGUCCUCGCCCCACACUGGCCGUGUCGUUCCCGAGGAGCUUCUCCAGACCGACUCUCGCAUCGGUCUUACCUCUGACGAGGUCACUGCUCGUCGCAAGCGCUUCGGUCUCAACCAGAUGAAGGAGGAGAAGGAGAACCUCGUUCUCAAGUUCCUUGGUUUCUUCAUUGGUCCUAUCCAGUUCGUCAUGGAGGCUGCUGCCGUCCUGGCUGCCGGUCUUGAGGACUGGGUUGAUUUCGGUGUCAUUUGCGCUCUGCUCCUGCUCAACGCCUGUGUUGGUUUCAUUCAGGAAUUCCAGGCUGGUUCCAUUGUCGACGAGUUGAAGAAGACUCUUGCUCUCAAGGCUGUCGUCCUCCGUGACGGUCAGCUCAAGGAGAUUGAGGCUCCCGAGGUCGUUCCCGGUGAUAUCCUCCAGGUUGAGGAGGGUACCAUCAUUCCUGCCGAUGGUCGCAUUGUCACCGAUGAUGCUUUCCUCCAGGUUGACCAGUCUGCUCUUACCGGUGAAUCUCUUGCCGUCGACAAGCACCACGGUGACCAGUGUUUCGCUUCCUCCGCUGUCAAGCGUGGUGAGGCUUUCGUCAUCAUCACUGCCACUGGUGACAACACCUUCGUCGGUCGUGCUGCUGCCCUUGUCUCCCAGGCUUCUGCCGGCUCUGGUCACUUCACUGAGGUUCUGAACGGUAUUGGUCAGGUUCUCCUGGUCCUCGUCAUCCUCACCCUGCUCGUUGUCUGGGUUUCCUCCUUCUACCGCUCCAACCCCAUUGUUGAGAUCCUGGGUUUCACCCUGGCCAUCACCAUUGUCGGUGUCCCCGUCGGUCUGCCCGCUGUCGUUACCACCACCAUGGCUGUCGGUGCUGCCUACCUCGCCAAGAAGAAGGCCAUCGUCCAGAAGCUGUCUGCCAUUGAGUCCCUUGCUGGUGUCGAGAUUCUCUGCUCCGACAAGACUGGUACUCUGACCAAGAACAAGCUCUCUCUGUCUGAGCCCUACACUGUUGCUGGUGUCGACCCCGAGGACCUCAUGCUUACUGCCUGUCUCGCUGCCUCCCGCAAGAAGAAGGGUAUUGAUGCCAUUGACAAGGCUUUCCUCAAGUCCCUCAAGUUCUACCCCCGCGCCAAGGGUGUCCUGUCCAAGUACAUUGUCCGCGAGUUCCACCCCUUCGACCCCGUCUCCAAGAAGGUCCAGGCUGUUGUCGAGUCCCCCCAGGGCGAGAUCAUCACCUGUGUCAAGGGUGCCCCUCUGUUCGUUCUCAAGACCGUCGAGGAGGACCACCCCAUCCCCGAGGAGAUUGACGCCGCCUACAAGAACAAGGUUGCUGAGUUCGCUACCCGUGGUUUCCGUUCCCUUGGUGUUGCCCGCAAGCGUGGUGAGGGUGCCUGGGAGAUUCUCGGAAUUAUGCCCUGCUCUGACCCUCCCCGUCACGAUACUGCCAAGACUGUUAACGAGGCCAAGACUCUCGGUCUGUCCAUCAAGAUGUUGACUGGUGACGCCGUCGGUAUUGCUCGUGAGACUUCCCGCCAGCUCGGUCUCGGUACCAACAUCUACAACGCUGAGCGUCUCGGUCUCGGUGGUGGUGGUGACAUGCCCGGUUCUGAGGUUUACGAUUUCGUUGAGGCUGCCGAUGGUUUCGCUGAGGUCUUCCCCCAGCACAAGUACAACGUCGUUGAGAUCCUGCAGCAGCGUGGUUACCUCGUUGCCAUGACUGGUGACGGUGUCAACGAUGCUCCCUCCCUGAAGAAGGCUGAUACCGGUAUUGCUGUCGAGGGUUCCUCCGAUGCUGCUCGUUCCGCUGCCGACAUUGUCUUCCUUGCCCCUGGUCUCGGUGCCAUCAUUGAUGCUCUUAAGACUUCCCGCCAGAUUUUCCACCGCAUGUACGCCUACGUUGUCUACAGAAUUGCCCUGUCCAUCCACUUGGAGAUCUUCCUUGGUCUCUGGAUCGCCAUUCUGAACCGUUCGCUGAACAUUGAGCUGGUUGUCUUCAUUGCCAUCUUUGCUGAUGUUGCCACCCUUGCCAUUGCCUACGACAACGCUCCCUUCUCCAAGUCCCCCGUCAAGUGGAACCUGCCCAAGCUCUGGGGUAUGUCCGUCUGCCUCGGUAUCAUCCUCGCUGUCGGUACCUGGGUCACUGUCACCACCAUGUACGCUCAGGGUGAGGAUGGUGGUAUCGUCCAGAACUUCGGUAACAUGGAUGAGGUUCUCUUCCUUGAGAUCUCCCUUACUGAGAACUGGCUGAUCUUCAUCACCCGUGCCAACGGUCCCUUCUGGUCUUCCAUCCCCUCGUGGCAGCUCACCGGCGCCAUUCUGGUCGUCGAUAUCCUUGCCACCUGCUUCACCAUCUGGGGUUUCUUCGAGGGUGGUGAGCAGACCUCCAUUGUCGCUGUUGUCCGUAUCUGGAUCUUCUCCUUCGGUGUCUUCUGCGUCAUGGGUGGUAUCUACUACCUCAUGUCUGGCAGCCAAGGCUUCGACAACAUGAUGCACGGAAGAUCGAUCAAGGGCAACCAGAAGCAGCGCUCGCUCGAGGACUUCGUUGUUUCACUCCAGCGUGUCUCCACUCAGCACGAGAAGUCCGCAUAA